UCCCUCUCUCAUUUUCCAAAUCCAUUUCUCUCUCUCUCUCUCUCUCUAAAAACCUAUUUUGCUCUGCGAUUUCAAUUUCGAUUUCUGAGCCAUGACCGACGGUCACCUCUUCAACAAUAUCUCUCUCGGCGGCCGUGGAGGCACUAAUCCAGGGCAGCUGAAGGUAUUUUCAGGAGGCAUUUUAUGGAAGAAACAAGGAGGUGGUAAGGCAGUUGAGGUGGAUAAAGCUGACAUCAUGGGGGUGACAUGGAUGAAGGUCCCAAGGUCAAAUCAACUUGGUGUUCGGAUCAAAGAUGGGUUAUACUAUAAGUUUACCGGAUUUCGAGACCAGGAUGUCACAAAUUUGACCAAUUUCUUCCAAAACGCUUGUGGCAUAACACCGGAGGAGAAACAACUUUCUGUCAGUGGACGGAAUUGGGGAGAAGUUGAUUUAAAUGGGAAUAUGCUGACUUUUUUGGUUGGUUCAAAGCAAGCCUUUGAGGUAUCUCUAGCAGAUGUCUCACAAACUCAGCUUCAAGGGAAAAAUGAUGUAAUCUUAGAGUUCCAUGUGGAUGAUACAACUGGAGCUAAUGAGAAAGAUUCAUUGAUGGAGAUAAGUUUUCAUAUACCUAAUUCUAACACCCAAUUUGUUGGUGAUGAGAAUCGUCCUCCUGCUCAGGUUUUCCGUGACAAAAUUAUGUCAAUGGCAGAUGUUGGUGCUGGAGGUGAAGAAGCUGUGGUUACCUUUGAGGGUAUUGCUAUCCUCACGCCAAGGGGGCGAUACAAUGUUGAACUUCAUCUCUCAUUCUUACGUCUCCAAGGACAAGCUAAUGAUUUCAAAAUUCAGUACAGCAGUGUUGUUCGGCUGUUUUUACUUCCUAAGUCAAAUCAGCCACAUACAUUCGUUGUUGUUACUCUUGAUCCACCAAUCCGUAAAGGGCAAACUUUGUACCCACAUAUUGUUUUGCAGUUUGAAACUGACUUUGUAGUUCAUAGUGACCUGACAAUGAGCGAAGAUCUUUUGAACACCAAAUACAAGGAAAAGCUAGAACCUUCAUAUAAGGGGCUCAUUCAUGAAGUUUUUACAACAAUAUUGCGUGGCUUGUCUGGUGCCAAAGUUACUAAACCAGGAAAAUUCCGUAGUUGUCAAGAUGGUUAUGCUGUGAAGUCAUCAUUGAAGGCUGAAGAUGGGGUCCUCUAUCCACUUGAAAAGAGUUUCUUCUUUCUACCAAAACCUCCUACGCUUAUUCUUCAUGAAGAGAUCGAGUAUUUGGAAUUUGAGAGGCAUGCUGCUGGUGGCUCAAAUAUGCAUUACUUUGAUCUUCUUAUAAGACUGAAAACUGAGCAAGAACAUCUAUUUCGGAACAUCCAGAGGAAUGAAUACCAUAAUCUUUUUGACUUCAUCAGUGGGAAGGGAUUGAAAAUUAUGAACCUGGGAGAUGUCCAAACUGCAGAUGGUGUGGCACGUGUUCUUCAGGAUGAAGAUGAUGAUGCUGUUGACCCACAUCUUGAGCGCAUUAAGAAUCUAGCUGGUGGAGAUGAGAGUGAUGAAGAGGAUGAAGAUUUCGUCAUUGACAAAGAUGAUGGAGGUUCUCCAACUGAUGAUUCUGGGGAGGAGGAAUCCGAUGCUAGUGAAAGUGGAGAUGAGAAAGAGAAGCCUGCCAAAAAGGAAUCCAGAAAAGAGACAUCUUCGAAGGCAUCUUCUUCUAAGAAGAAAUCUAGAGAUGGAGAUGAAGAUGGUUCAAAGAAGAAGAAACAGAAAAAGAAAAAGGACCCAAAUGCACCCAAGAGGGCAAUGUCUGGUUUCAUGUUCUUCUCACAAAUGGAAAGAGAGAAUGUAAAGAAAACCAACCCUGGAAUUGCGUUUACAGAGGUGGGAAGAGUUCUUGGAGAUAAGUGGAAAAAGAUGACAGUGGAGGAGAAAGAACCAUAUGAAGCAAAGGCUCAGCAAGAUAAAAAACGUUACAAGGAUGAAAUCAGCGGCUACAAGAACCCACAACCAAUGAAUAUAGAUUCAGGAAAUGAAUCAGAUAGCGCAUAGAUUAGCAUAGAUAAUAUUAUCCUCCAGUUUUUGUGCAACUGUUGUAUUGGUCAGCUCAGAUUAAUACUAGAUAUUUGUGGGAUAUUUGACAAUGUAUCUAUGCAUGUUCAGUUAGAAGCUAUUUUCUCCUAUACUUAACUGAUGGGCUAGUUGGUAAUGAAAAUUCCAUAUCAGGUUUGGUGCCUGGUUAUGACUUCUAA